AUGCGCGAUAGGAGGAAGCCGACUCACAAUGCUUGCGUUUUAUGUCGGGCGAAAAGAAUAAAGUGUGACGGCGGGCGGCCCUGCUCAAUGUGUGUUGGGCGAGACAUUGACUGCCAAUAUAUUGAGCGGCAAUGGGAGCCAAAAAGAAACCUGGUAUUGGAAGCCCAGCGACUCCGAAGCCAAGUUCAGAGGAGAGACCGGGUCCUGUCAGAACUUGCCAACACAUCACGCGCUCUACAAGUCGUUCAAUGGCUCCAUGAUGGACGAUCGAUUGACGAUAUCUACCAGUAUCUUGUAACUUAUGUCGAUACCGCAAAAGCUACCAAGCAACAGACAAAUUGCCAGUUCUAUAACAUGUCCAGCAGCGGAUGGCAGAACCAGAACCCCACAGAAAACGGGCCAUGGCAUGCCGUAGCUCGCCUCAGUCAGGACCAGACGAUUGGUUCUAAAGCUGAUUUGCGUUCGUCGGUUUCGGACAAUAUUCCUGCGUCUGAUGCCGCGAUUAGACCGAGUGAGCCAACUUCCGUCUUCCCCCUCAACACAGGUGAGCACAUAAGUCCCCUACACGCUGAAGAGAUCAGCUGCCAAUGA